AUGGGAUAUAUAGUAUGGGCCAGAGCUGGGGAAGCUAGAGAAAUGGGAGGACAAAGAAGUCGGUCGGGAAGCCGACAGAGAUAUAUAUGUCUGAGUAACAUAUGUCUGUUACUCCACGUCUUGUCUGGGCAGAGACAAGACGGUCGAGGAUGCCAGCGAGAACGGGCAGAGAGUCGGGCUCGAGGCCUCGGAGAAGCCUCGCACGUGACUUUCAUUCUCUUGGAACGCUGCCAGCUGGUGGAAGAGAAGAGAGACAGACGGACGAACACGACGACGAAGAAAGAGAAAGUGAAGCAAGGAGAAAACGAAGUCUGCCCUUCAAGGGUCCGGGUACACAGCCCCUCCCUGGUUUUGUGCGAUGGUGGCACACCCAAUCGCACAGAGAGAGAGAGAGAGAGAGAGAGAGAGAGAGAGGGAGAGAUAGAGCAGGAGGAACGGGCCGAAACAGAAGACAAGAGGAACAACAUCCACAGCGAGAAAGCGAACGGGCCUCCAGGUCAACCCGAUUUGAGAACUGCCGGAGCAAGCAACAAAUCUGGUAGAAAGUUAUGGAUAAGGGUCCAGAGAACUACUAUGAAGCUGGCGGUAGAUUCGGGUUUGAAACCUGCAGCGGCUGCCACGGAUGGGCAAACGAGUGGCUAG